AUGAUUUGGUGGUGGUGGGAAUAUUUUGAACGAUGGCGUAUUGAUAUAGCAUAUCGUUUGCUACGUUGUGUUUAUAGUCAUAAAGAUUUUGAGCAUCAAUGGUAUCCACAAAUUUUAAUUAUGCAAAUUGAUGAAAAUCCCGAAUGGCUUGUUAAUUGUCAAAAAUUAAUUGCUGUAGCAGAAUGGAUUAAAGAUGGUGCAGCAUCUAAUAUUGUUGCUGUAUUAUGUGAAGGACAUACACAGGAUCCAGAUACCGGUGAAUAUUUACGUUUAGUGGAAGAUGCUGUAACACAACUGAUUGGUGAAUCAUGCCUCAAUGCUCAUCAUUUGGUUGUAUCAUAUGAGAAUUUAAGUGAAUUAAAUGAAACUGCUUCAGCUGUAAUUCAGUGUUCCGGAUUAGGAAUCCUGAAACCAAAUACAAUUAUUAUCGAUUUUCCGAAAUGUGUCUCUUCAUCAAAUUUUUUAUAUCCUGGACAAGGUGAAUUGUGGAAUCGAAUUGCAGCGACAGUUGACAAAUGCUUGCUAAUAUGUAAGGGUGAUUUGUGGAAACCUGUGCCAUUCAAUUUGGCUUCUACAUUGGAUUUAUGGUGGGUUGUGGAAGGUGAUGAUCUUUUGCUAUCCUUUAUUUAUGUUAUUUCUAGAAAUUAUCGAUGGACAUUUACAAAACUUCGAAUAUUUGCGGUGAUUAAAGAGACAGAAGUUGACGAUGUCAAAGAUCAAACUUCUAAACGAAUUCAUCAGGCAUCGCUUGAAGCUGAUAGUAUAGAAAUUCGAUCAGUUGCUGCCGAUGAUAUUGCAGCAUAUGGAUCUGCUAAACUUUCAACACAUCAAAAUAUGCAAGAAAACGAAGGGUCAAAAGGUCGGCGAAUAUAUAAGAAUGAACCACCUGUUGGAUUAAAUAGUUUGAUAAGAAGUGAAUCAGCAAAUGCUGAUUUAAUUAUGCUUAAUUUGCCACGACCACGUGGUGAUAUGCCAGCAUCAAGAUUGUUGCAAAUGUUAGAUGUCGUCACGAAACGAUUAACACGUGUUGUCAUUUUUAGACCACCUAUUAAUUUUUGA